CGUUUUCGUAAAUACGAUUCAAAUUUCAGCUACCACUAAUCCCAAACUCUUGUCCCUUCGCCUCUUUUUUGCAACGUCUCUCGCCUAUCGACAUUGGCUAUGGCAACUCCCAAAUGCUCUCCCCACGAACAUUUGAUCUCAGUACUAACACUGCUAUUCAACCAAACCCUUCUCGAAUGGUUGGGUUUAUAGUCUAUGAGAUGAAAGUUGGUGAUUGUGAGUUGGAUCAGUACGGUGUCGUCAAUAAUGCUGUUUAUUCUGAUUAUUGUUACUGCGCUCAUCACGAAUGGUUAAAUAGUAUAGAUGUGAGUCUUGAUGCAAUUACCUGUGACGGGGAGUCGUUAGCUCUAUCAGAGACGUCUUUGAAGUUCCUUUCGUCACUUAGAAGUGGAGGUCGAUUUGUUCUUAAGAUGAGGUUUUUGGACAUCUCAAAAGCUCGCAUCUACAUCGAGCACAAAAUUUUCAAGCUACCAAAUAUGGAGGCAAUCUUAGAGGCACAGGUGACGAGAGUUUGGCUUAAUAAAAAUCAUCGUCCAAUGCAGAUCCCACAAAAAUAUUUAUCCAAAUUUGCUCAAUUUAUUCAUGAUCAUAAUCAGUCUAACAGAUCAACGGUCGGGAUUAAAGACGAUAACAAAGAUGGAGCCAAAUUUGCUCAAGUUAUGAAUCGACGAGUAGCAUAUUAUGUUUAA